AUGAGUACGAGAAGAAGGUUGUCUGCGGUCGCGGAAAACGAAUCACCACCAUUUACCGUGCUCCAAUCGGAACUCUCGGAUUUACAAAAAGUCUCCUCCGUUUUAUACGACACAAAGUCCGCGUUAAACGAGUUCGGCAUGUUAGGCCCGCAAGCCGCGACGGUGUCGCCCUCGAUUUUACUACACGCGAUACAAAAAGCGGAAAAUUUCGAUAAAGGCGCUUUGGAAGGCGCGUUGGUCUACGCGAAAGAGAAAGAAGAAGGAGAGACGAUGUCGAAAGAAGAGAAGUUGGAGUUAAUCAUCGACAAAGCGACGGUGAAUUUAGCGGCAAAGUUUGCCGCCAGAGUGGACGGAAGAGUGAGCGUAGAGGUGGACGCGAAGAAGUCGAGCGCGGAGGCCAUCGUGAGCAAGACGGAACGGUUAAUGAAGAUGUUUCGAGAGGUGAACGUGGAGACGAAUAAGCUUUUGUUCAAGAUUCCAGCGACGUGGGAAGGCGUGCAAGCGAUGCGACAGUUGGAAAAUAAAGGCGUGCCGUGUCACGCUACCUUGUGUUAUUGCUUGGAGCAAACGGCGUUGGCGGCGAAAGCCAACGCGAGCUUGAUUCAGAUUUAUUACGCCAGAAUCAACUCGUACGGGGGAAAUGCCUUGGCGUUGGCGCAGGAUACGAAGAGUUUCAUUCAAUCUGUGGCGAGCCCGAGUAAGAUUUUAGCGGCUUCGAUUCGAUCCGCCGCAGACGCGAGGGCUAUGGCUGGGUGCGAUUACAUUUUGUGCAACGAGCGAGUGUUGAAAGAAUUGAACGCGAACGCCGCCGGCGGCGUGACGGACAACGUACGUAACGCGGCUGGGUCGAGGAACGUGGACAAAUCCUUGGCGGAUUCGUUCACGAAAGCGACUUUUGAAGCCGCUUUGAAAAGCUCACCGGCGAACGAGGCGAUUCAACUGCAGUUGCAAAGCUACUUAGCCGCGCAAAAGCAACUGGAAACGUUUGUCGAAGAGUUUGUCGGUUUGAAUUGUUAA